AUGCGAUUUCUCUUGCUACUGUUUAUAGUGCUGCUGGCACAACAACCAAAAAGUCUAGCAACGGCUGCUGCUGCUGCCACCACCACCACCACCACCACCAUAGAACAGUUUAAUGAAGAUUUGACGUUGCGGUCGCUUCCAGAUGGCAAAUUGUUGGCCCAUUUCGACUUUACGACACACGUUGAUGUCAAUAACACAAUGCCAGGCGCUUCAAUGCACCAUUACAGACUGUUUCCCAAAGUAAUAGGUCAGGUGCUCCAGGAGUACCAGGUACGCGAAAUGCACUUGACGUUUUCACAAGGUCGAUGGAAGUACGACGAGUGGGGCUAUCCGCUUGAACAGUCUACUGGUACAGGCGUCGAAUUAUGGGCCUGGAUGGAAAAUUCAAUACGGGUCGAUGCACAAUGGAAAAAACUUACCAACACAUUAUCGGGUCUCUUCUGUGCCUCUCUCAACUUUAUCGAUGAAACGAUCACUACUGAACCAGCAUUAUCCUUCCGAUCAUCAUCAUUCGUAUCGCAAUCGCAACAAGAAGAGAAUGAUUUUCAAUUGCGAUAUGGUUCGUUGCCUCACGAAAACGUAUGCACGGAGAAUUUGACGCCAUGGAUCAAACUGUUGCCAUGCAAGGCGAAAUCGGGUAUUGCGGAAUUGUUGAAUGCUCACAAGAUAUACAAUUCGAACUUUCACUCUAUGGCGAUUCAUGCAAAGUCCAUAUGUGCAAAUGAGGACUGCACGCAGCGCGUCAUGGAACUUAAACAAACGGAAACAUCGGUUUUGGAUCCCGUCCGUGAUUCGAGUCGCAGAGAUUGGUCAUUAAAAGAUACAUUUGACCGAGUACUGCAUGGAGCGUGCCCUGUUGCAGAUCGCAGCAGGGUCCAUGUUGCCCGGGAUGAUCCCAAUGCCAAAUUAAGUCCGAAACUAGACAAUCCAUCCGGAGGAUAUUAUGAUCUUUGGAAAGUGCAAGACGAAUUGGAUAUCCGAAUGACGUGGAAUGAGAACAGCUUUGUGUACCGUAAGUCAUUGGAGCCAGCAUAUCCACUUAUCUCGGCCAACAGACACUUUACUGGCCAUGGCCAGGAGAGAGGGGGACUUCAGAUCACUAUACACAACCGAGAUAGCCGAGAGCUGCCAGUGACUUAUUACGAUUCCAUCCCAUGGUUCCUCAAGCUUUAUCUCCACACACUUCAAGUGGUUGUCAUGGAUAGUCGGGAUGGCACUAUCCGAGAGCAGGACGUUGUCCAAGACAUGUACUAUCAGCCCGCAAUAGAUCGAUCCCGGCCUUCGAUGCUCGAAUGCAGACUGUUGCUGCCACCCGAGUCGGUGAUUACCCUCUCGCUUGACUUGGACAAGGUGUUUUUAAAGUAUACUGAGCACCGGCCCGAUGCAAACCGUGGUUUUGACGUGGGUCAUACGAUUCGGGUCUACACGGACACGCUUCUUGUCAGCCUGCCAACGCCAGACUUUAGCAUGCCGUACAACGUGAUUACGCUGACGUGCACGGUGAUUGCGCUGUUCUUUGGCUCGGUGUUCAACUUGCUGACACGGUCGUUCCAGGUGAUCGAAGAGAAAGAAGAGCAGGGCGAAAAGAACAAAUAA